UGUAUUGUGUAAAGUGGCUGAAAGAACUCCGAAGAGUAAAGGGCGAAAAAAAAAAAAAAAGACUUCUUUUCCUUUUUCUUUUUCGGGCUAAAAUUAAGAACUGGCUAUUGGCGGAAAGGUACCAGCAAAAGGCAUGAAAAGGAAAGAAAAAAAACCCCAAAAACCCCAACAUAUAGUACUCAUAGAGCCAUGAGCAGAAAGAACUAAAAAAACAAACACAAAUUCCCAAUUUUAGGAACAGAAACUUAACAACCAACAUCACCAAAUAAUCAUUCCUAGAAGUUAAAAGAAAGCCUAAUGGUGAAAUCAAUUGACAUGAAUGUUAGUGAGGAAGCAAUAAUAAAGAGGAUAAAUAGUAGUACUACUUUAAGAUGAUGAGGGAAGAAGGAAUAUCAUCAAGUAGCAGGUGUCAAGACUGUGGAAAUCAAGCCAAAAAAGAUUGUACAUAUUUGAGGUGCAGAACUUGUUGUAAGAGUCGAGGGUUUCAGUGUGAAACACAUGUUAAGAGCACUUGGGUCCCUGUCUCUACAAGGCGUCCAAGGCACCAUCUUCAUCAACACCGCCUUUCCACUAUUCAACAACAGCAACAGCAACUUCAACUUCAAGCUGGGCCAAACCCUAAAAGAUACAGAACAAAUGAAAAUCAAGGUGAGGAAGGAGGUGAUUUUCCGGCAGAAGUGAGUUUUCCAGCAGUCUUUCGAUGUAUUCGUGUAAGUUCCAUCGACAAUGUGGUGGAUGAAUAUGCAUAUCAGACAUCAGUGAACAUAGCUGGACAUGUUUUUAAAGGGAUACUAUAUGAUCAAGGACCUGAUGAGAGUUUGCCUUACAACAAUAUUACUAAUAAUAUGGCUGGAGAAAGUUCCUCAAGUGGCUUCCAGCUUCAGCUACCUCCUAAUUUUCUUACUACUGCUGGUGCAACUACUACAACUUCUCCAGCUUCUUAUCCCAAUCUUUUUAGUCCUUUGAAUAUGCCUGGUACGCAAUUUUUUCAAUACCCAAAAUCACCUUGAGAAUUAACUUAUGUAUAUACUGAUAGUGUAUAGAAGUUUUACACUUACUAGUGUAUUUUAACAUGUUAUAAUAGCAAGUUUCCUUUGUUAAUAUUUUUCAGAUUACUGAUUCCACUCAUUAUGGACGAUUACAUGUACUUAUAUUUAUCUUUUUUUAAGUAAUUAAUCUGAUCAAUAAGAGUUAAACUACUCUUUCUUUUUUUAUUUUUAUUUUUAUUUUUUUAAUCUCUCGGCAUUUUGUUAUGGGCAGUUCAAGGGUUAAAGUUAAAAGAUAAAGGAAAGAUCAGAAUUAUUGGUCUCUUGAGAGAGAAAUUAAAGAGAGAAGGAGCUAGUAUUAGUCUUUGUUUUCAAUUCCAACAAGGAAUUAUUGGUCUCUUGUCUGCAAAUUUAAUAUGAUUCCGUGUUAGCAUAUGGUUCUGCGGUUUGUCUUUAUCGUGAAUUUCCCCCAUCCCCAUUGUUUUUUCUAUGAUUAGGGGGAUUAAUUAUGUUGGAUUUACUGGUUGUUUAUGACAAUCGAAGCUACUUUAUUCCUGAUUACCCGUUUCUUUGCCGGACUAAAAUGCAUGUGUCCAUUAUAUGGAAAGAUAGAAGGACAACAAAAGAUAACUCUUGGACCACAUUUUAUGAGAUAUACUCUUAUACAUUAACAAUGUAAAAGAAUUUUAUACUAAUAUCAAGUCAUUGAAAAGAUAUCCCAGUGGAUUAAGUCGUUACGUAAAACAUGUUAAAACUACAUGGAUAGUUAAAUGUUUUACACUAUUGGUGCAUCUAACUAAUUUAAAUCCUCAUUUAAAUGUACUCAGGGUGUGCCAUAUAUAGUGACUUCAUACUCCCGCAAUGACCAACCAAAAGCCAGCGUGGGGAAGGUCGCAUUCUUGAUUUCUUUUGCAGUUAAACACAAAAGGAAAUCAUGCAAGAAAGUGGCACACUGAUGCUUACCCACUACAGUUGUCCCCUUGUUGCACGUAGAAAGUUCAACACAAACUACAAGUCUUCAAAAUUUAAUUAGAGCUUUUUAUAUCACUGCAAUGGUUGUUGUUUCCUGAUAUUAUAAUAAUCAUAUGCGUGGUCGUUCAUAUUUAGCUACAAUAUAUA